AUGCGGCAGGUCAAAGAGUCGAUGGAGAGACGAGCUAAACGCGCGCCUAAAGGACUGGACCUCAGUGGCGCAAAACAGAGAGGUGUGGAGAGAGAGGAGGGAGGCCUUUGCUCAGCAGUGGGACAUGCCCUACAAGAAAUCCGAGGCAAACGUCCAUUCAUAAUAUCGCGAGCCUCUUACCCUGGUCUCGGUCACUACGCGGGACACUGGACUGGAGAUAUACUGAGCACCUGGGAGGAAAUGAGAAUGACCAUACCUGCGAUGCUGUCGUUCAACCUGUUCGGCAUCCCGAUGGUUGGCGCGGACAUCUGCGGCUUCGGCGGACGCACGACGCCAGAGCUCUGUAAGCGCUGGAUGCAGUUAGGCGCCUUCUAUCCCUUCUCGAGGAACCAUGCUGAUAACCAACAGCCUGACCAUGACCCUGCAGCCUUCACCGCAGAUGUAGUAGAGGCAGUGAAGAAAGCGUACCGCAUCCGCUACACGCUUUUGCCGUAUUACUACACGUUGUUCUGGCGUGCACACGUCGAUGGGGAGACUGUAGCGAGACCUCUCUUCUUUGAAUACUACGGCUACGACCGCUUGUACCCGAUUGACGACCAAUUUCUAAUCGGCAAGCACGUAAUGAUAACUCCCAUACUCAAAGAGAAUGCGACCACAACACGACCGUUCUUCCCUGGCCCCCACAAGUUCUAUAACUUCGUUGACGGGCGGUUCCUUGCAUCUGGCGACUAUUAUAACGUUAGCGAUGACGAAAUUGUCUCUGUCAGGAGCGGCGCGGUAAUUCCUCUCCAGCAGCCGGCGAUGUCGGGACCAGUGACUACGACCAACUGUCGCAGCAGGCCCUUGCAGCUCAUCGCCACGCCCGUGCAGAUCCUGUGGCAAGACAACGUCGCAAAGGGAGAACUCUAUUGGGACGACGGAGACAGCCUCAACAGUUAUGAAGAAAAAAAAUACAGCCACAUUGAAUUCACACUAAAAGACAAUGAGUUACAAAGCUAUGUCAAGUGGUGGGGUUAUGGUGUACCAUCGGUCAACAACAUCACCAUAUUUGGUCUCAAACCGAUUGAGUCGGUGACACUCAACAACAGGAACGUUGAUUUCAUUUACAAAUAUCACACCCAAGUGUUAACUGUUGAAAAUCUUAAUCUAUCUUUGGACAAACCGUUCAAAUUGACAUGGCACUAUCCUGUAGCAGAGGAUGAUAAGGAUGAAGAUGAUGAAAAGUAUAAUAAACAACACUCCAAAACGGUAGACUGUGUUAAUAAUGAGAAACCGUGUACAAUUAACGAUUAAGUAUUAUGAACCUUAGUGGAACAAUCUCCUAAGUUCUUUAUCCCCAAUUGCAUGUACAUUUUUUUCUAGGGGUAUAAAUACAGGGAAUGCUGAUAUCAAACUUCUUACAGCCAGCAAUAAUGGUGGAGACAAAUGUAACAACAUAUUGUUAAGUUCGUUGGUAGUUUGUAAGCAGUGAGGAUACACUACGCUCCAUUGUACUAAAUUACAGGCAGUCUCAGGCGCCACCAAGCACGACUUGUUCGUCCCGCCAUUAGUACCUUAAAAAAGAAAGAAAUAUCCAAAUAGAUAGAUUUCUAGAAUCGUCUUUUUAAUCUACCGUAGUAUAUGAAAAAGCUAUUCAAUUUUAAUAUUUCUAAAUAAUGCUCAGCGUUAUGUUUUCCCUCUUUCGUCCCGAAUAAUACUAAUGUACGGACAACAGCACAUCAGACUACACAUUUUUGUUCGAAAAUCGCCUUCAAUGCAACGGAACAAGAUACGUCAAUGUGUAGCUUGGUAUGCUAGCGUGUGUACAUAACUUACAAUUUUGACGAUAUGUACGUCACAAUGUAGAACAUAUCUGCCGUCCGCUAUCAUAAAAAACCAUAACCCAGUUUUAGAAUAUGGAAAUUGUUUAAUGGUAUUUCAGCUAUGCCUCGUCAGGGUAAGUUCCGAUAAGUCGAAAACGUUAACUAAUUUUAACUGUUUGAAAGAGAAUUCUUUGCUAUUUGACCAUUUGUCACUUGGCCACGUUUUAGUUAUUGGGCGACAGAUAUGUAAUUCAUUUAUUUCUCAAAUAUAAUAUAAUUAAGGCUCUGUGAACGAAAGUUCCUUGGCUUCCAUCUACGAUUGAAAUGUUUCGGCCGUUUCUCAACUAAUGUGCAUGAAAUUUUAAAUUAAUAUCAAAAUUCGGUGAAGGAAACAUCGUGAUGAAGCACGUCGAAGAAGGUUCACAACCCGCGGAAACCGUGUGAAGUCCGUUCCUAAGACGCAUUGGGCCAGUGUUGCGGACUUGAGCCGCAGUUCAAAAAAUUAAAUCCUACGGGUCGUGACUAAUCGCAAAUAUAUUAUUCCAAUCUGCUUUCGCAGUUUGGUUAGAAAUUGUAUUAUGUUCUCUUGUAUGCCUUGUUUGUAUGAAAUAAAUAAAUGAAAAAAACACACACACACACAUUGUGUGCCGUCAAAAACCUUUACAAGGACACGUACACUAAAAAAUAGUAGAAAUAAAAGUAUGUCAAUAGAGAAAAUUGUUAAAAAUAAAGCAAAAUUAAUCAACACAUUCCGUACCAUUGGUGUAAUAAAACCACGUGUGAUCGUAUAUCAAGUUCAAGUACUUUUAUCAGGUUCAAAUAAUAAAUAUAAUACGAACAUGAAACAAAUUGUAUUACAAAGUUAAUUACGGAAAAUAUCGGUCACAGAAUCUUUAAUCCUCACUCCUGAAAAGUUAUUGUCUUUGCAGAUGUGACCUUGUUAUACCAAGGGUGCAAUUUGAAUGUCAUUUUUUUACAUUUGUCAUAAAUUCAUUACUAUAGUACAACGGCUUAUUCAAAAGCAAGAUCAUGAAUUUCUGAUUCGAGCUGUGUAAAUAAGUUACCGUGAAUUGUAAGUUAUGUCCUUUCGUACUAAAUGGGACGACUAAUUGCUAUUUUUCCAAAUAAUAAGUUUUUUUUUAAGUACAAAUUGUAAGUUUCGUUCAAAAUUUAGGUACAAUUAAAUAAUAAGAGCUUGGAUGUUUAAUUAAAAGGUUCGAAAAGUUUGCCAAUUAAGUCACUUAUGGUAACCAUAAUGUAAUAAUAUAAUGUAUUCUAGUCAUAAGUAGCAAUAGCUUUUUGGAAUUUCGAUGUUGUACUGCAAUAUUUUGCUGUUUAGUCGUAAAAUAAACCUUAAUAUUCAUAGGACCAUAUCAUCUUGAAAGACACAAGCAAUGUUGAUCACAAAGGUGAUAUUGUAAAAUAACAUCAUUUAUGGUCGUUUUGCACUUUUCCCCCUAAAAAUUAAGUACUUAUUAAAUGUAAAUGGAUUCAAUGCAAAGUGAGUGAAAGAGAUACCUUUAUACCAUAUGAUUUAUAUUUAAGAACUACAUGAAAGAACAUUCAAACUUCGAACGACCAAUUAACAGCAGCAUUUCAUUAAUAUUAUAACUCCUAAUAAAAAGAGAGUAAGUUCUCAUUGCAACUCAUACUUUGCACUUUUAAAAAAAUCAUACAAUCAUAAUGCAACAUACGGGUGCUUCGAGCGCUCUUAUUUUAAAUAAGAUAAAAGAUUUUAUCUACACACAUAUCAUAAACUCUCCAUAAUGUGUUCAACAACCGCAAAUUACGACCA